AAACUUUUUGUUUCUUCUCACAAAAGCCUUCCCUCUCUCCCACUCUACGCUUUCACUCUGCCACCGCUACCUCUGCUCUCUCCGCCACUUCCGAUGCCAUGACGGGCCUCCACCCGCCUUUCCCCGGCCCCGGCUUCCGCCGCCGCACCACUCCGGCUCCCGGCCGCGCGAUGCCCCCCUCGGGCACCUCCCGCUCUUACCACGGCCCUUCCCCCUUCCCCCACAACCAAUUCCUCCAACCCGGCACCAAUUCCGGCCCCCCGCCGCCGAGCUUCUCCAUCUUUCUCCGUCCCAGCAGCCAGUGGCCGCAUCUCCGGGACCACCGCGACCCCCGCUCCGAAAUCCAGGCCCUUGUUGAUAAAUGCGACCCUCCGCCGGUCGAAUUCCUGCCGUACCGCCCGGGAAGGGCGAUCGCCACCCUGGUCUACAGGCAGUGGACCCACGCGCGCGACGCCCUGCUGCUCUUCUGGUCCACUCGCCUCAACGGUGAGCACGCCCUGUCGCUCGAGCUAGUUUCUCCCCUGCUGUUGCCCUCCGACAAACAGGAGCUAAAUGAGUCCUUGAAAGCCCUAUUCCUCGAGAAAAUCAACGGUUUGCUUGCGGGCGAGCAGCUGAGGGGUUGGCAGAAGAAAUUGGACAGCGUCCUGGACGAUCUCGCCAAAGUGAGGAAGUUGCUGAAAAGGCCCAAUCGUCUUGGGGCCCAGGCAGAGCUCUCCGAGAGGGAGAGGGGCCUGGUGGCAGAGCGUGAACUGAUCACGAAGCGAAUACGGGAAUUUAAGGCCGCUAUGAACUGUAUCAGGGCACACUUAGAGGGGAAACCCGAGGAGCUUACAGAGGCCUUCGUUCCGACGUUUAAGUUUGCGACGGGGGACUUCAUUUGGAACAGAAUUCAUCAUUUGAUCUUGAGGGAGUGCAAGCGGCUGGAUGACGGGCUUCCGAUUUAUGCCCACAGGCAGGAGAUCCUUAAAAGCAUAUAUCUUGAACAGAUAAUGGUUCUGAUUGGAGAGACCGGUUCUGGCAAGAGUACACAGUUGGCGCAGUUCAUUGCUGAUGCUGGUAUGGCAAAAAAAUCCAUAGUGUGUACUCAGCCUCGGAAGAUUGCAGCAAUCUCCCUGACUCAACGUGUCAGAGAGGAAAGCAGUAGCUGUUACGAGGACAACUCUGUCAUCUGUUAUCCGACAUUCUCAUCUUCCCAAUCAUUCUGCUCCAACGUUGUCUACAUGACCGACCAUUGUCUGUUGCAGCACUACAUGUCGGACAACAAGUUGUCAGGGAUCUCUUGUAUUAUCAUUGAUGAGGCCCACGAGAGGAGCUUGAACACUGAUCUGCUUUUGGCUCGGCUCAAGUUUUUGCUUGCCGAGAGGGAUUGCCUAAGGCUCAUUAUAAUGUCUGCUACAGCUGAUGCAAAACAGCUCUCAGACUACUUCUACGAGUGUAAAAUUAUGCAUGUGGUGGGAAGAAACUACCCUGUCGAGAUUAGAUAUGCCCCGAUCUUGCAAGAGGGAAGUUCUCCUUCCAGUACUGUGCCUUUGUAUGUUUCAGAGGCAGUAAGGAUGGCAAAGGAGGUCCACAGGAUGCAUAGAGAGGGGACUAUUCUGGCCUUCUUGACCUCCCAAGCUGAAGUAGAAUGGGCUUGUAAGAACUUCCUCGCUCCCUCUGCAGUCGCUUUACCCUUACAUGGAAAGCUCACCCAUGAAGAGCAGCAGAAAGUGUUCCAGAGCUUCUCUGGGAUAAGGAAAGUUAUAUUUGCCACAAAUCUUGCUGAGACGUCUCUGACCAUUCCAGGAGUCAAGUACGCGAUUGACUCCGGUAUGGUGAAGGAGAGCAAGUUCGAAGCUACGACUGGAAUGAACAUCCUCAGGGUUUGCACUAUCAGCAAAAGCUCAGCCAAUCAGAGAGCUGGUCGUGCUGGGAGAACUGAACCGGGGGUCUGCUAUAGGCUGUACUCUUCUCAUGACUUCGAGUCUAUGGACAACACACAAGAACCCGAAAUUCGUAGAGUGCACCUUGGUAUUGCAGUUCUGAGGAUCCUCGCCUUUGGAACUAAGAAAUUGCAGGAGUUUGAAUUCAUCGAUGCUCCCAGUGACAGAGCCAUUGAUAUGGCAAUUCGGAAUCUUGUUCAAUUAGGCGCUGUCAUCAUAAAUAAUGACUCUUAUGAUUUGACUAGUCAUGGAAGGUGCUUGCUUAAGCUUGGCAUUGAACCUCGGCUUGGAAAGCUGAUAUAUAGCUGCUUAGAUCACAAUUUGGGGAUAGAGGGAGUAGUCCUCGCUGCGGUGAUGGCGAACUCUAGCAGCAUCUUUUGUCGAGUUGGAUCCGAUGUUGAAAGGCUUAAAGCAGAUUCUCUCAAGGUUCAAUUUUGCCAUCAGAGUGGCGAUCUCUUCACCCUGCUCUCAGUCUACAAAAAUUGGGAGGCAGCUCGAAAGGAACGGAACAGUUGGUGCUGGGAGAAUAGCAUCAAUGCGAAAACUAUGAGAAGGUGCCAUGAGACGGUCAAGGAACUCAAGGACUGCCUCUGGAGAGAGCUUGGCAUAGACAUCCCAUCUUUGUGGAGGUGGGACCCUCACAGACCUAAUCAGACAGAUAAAGACCUAAAAAAGGUGAUACUCUCAUGCCUCGCAGAGAAUGUUGCGAUGUACUCUGGACAUGAAAGGCUAGGUUAUGAAGUGGCCAUAACUGGUCAGCAAAUUCAGCUUCAUCCUUCAUGUUCGCUGCUUGUGUUUGGUGAGAAACCAUCGUGGGUUGUCUUCAGCGAAAUCCUAUCAGUUUCCAGUACAUUUUUGGUCUGUGUUACUGCCUUUGAUUUUGAAUGUCUGUCGACGCUCUGCCCUCCCCCCCUAUUUGACUCUGUAGAAAUGGAGUGCCGGAGGCUGCAACGGAGGUCGAUCACUGGUUUUGGUGGCUGUCUCCUGAGAAAGUUCUGUGGAAAGUUCAACAGCAAUCUGCACUCUCUUGUGUCCCGCAUUCGUGCAGAAUGUUCUGAUGACCGGGCUAGCAUAGAGGUGGACGUGGACCAAAAUGAGGUCUUGCUCUUCGCAUCCUCAAAGGAUUUGGAGAGGGUAUGCACCCUUGUGAAUGAUUGCCUUGAGUAUGAGAGGAAAUUGCUUCAGAAUGAAUGUAUUGAGAACCCCUUGUACCAUGGGCCUGGGUCUGUACCUGUGGCUCUGCUUGGAGCUGGUGCGGUUAUCAAGCAUAUCGAGCUUGAAAAGAACUUCCUAUCCGUUGAUGUGUAUCAUCCUGCUGCAAAUUCAAUUGAAGAUAAGGAGCUGCUAAUGUUUCUUGAGGAAUCUGUGGGUGGCAGUAUCUGUUCAAUCCAUAAAUUCUCAGGCAGCAGGUUGGACGAAGAAGGGAAGGAGUGCUGGGGCAGGUUAACUUUUACAACCCCUGAAGCUGCCAGACAAGCUGUUGAACUGAGCAACGUGAAGCUGAGUGGUGCAGAGUUGAAGCUUCUGCCUUCCCGGUCAGCUUUUGGGAGCGAUACCAAGGCUCCAUCUCAUGGUGUCAAAGUAAAAAUUUGUUGGCCACGGAGACCGAGCAAAGGGGUCGCUUUUGUUGCGGUCAAACCCAUUGAUGUUGUUACAGUAUUGUGCCACUUCUCGGAUCUGGUCAUGGGAGGCCAACGUGUCUAUUGUGAUGCAAUUAACUUUCGAGAUUUCAACAUUGCGAUAAAGGCAAUUCCGAAAGAGCUCUCAGAGCCUGAGAUCCUCGAUGUGCUGGCUAAUGCCACAAAUAUAAGAAUUCUUGAUUGCUUCCUCCGUCGUGGGCAACCGGUUGGAAACCCAUCUUGCACUGCGUGCGAGGAGGCUCUAUUACGGGAGAUCUCUCCCUUGAUGCCAAGGUUGAAUUCUGUCGAGGUGAUUGAUCCUGAGGACAAAGAUGCCUACAUGAAGGCUUUCAUUACUUUCGAUGCGAGACUGCAUUUGGAGGCUGCGGCAGCACUGGAGAGUCUUAGGGGGAAGGUGCUGCCUGGGUUUCUUCCCUGGCAGAAGAUUCAAAUCCAGCAGCAAUUCCACAGCACCUUGUCCUGUCCUGCGUAUGUGUAUUAUGUCAUCAAGGAGGAGCUCGAUUUGAUAUUAUAUAGUUUCAAUAAUAGGAAAGGUGCAUCGUAUAGUUACGAGAGAACUCAUACCGGUGGCUUCCGUGUAAAGAUCUCUGCGAAUGCCACGAGAACUGUGGCGGAACUGAGAAGACCAAUCGAAGCUCUAAUGCAAGGCAAGAUUAUAGAUCAUGCAGACGUCACCCCGUCAAUUCUGCAGAUCCUCUUCUCACGUGAAGGCGUCGCCCUUAUGAAAUCGGUACAGAGGGAUACUAGAACAUAUAUCCUGUUUGAUCGAUAUAGGAGGACCAUAAAGAUGUUUGGCCCCUCUAAUAAGGUGGCAGAAGCUGAGGAGAGACUUGUCCGAUCUUUGCUAGAGCUCCACGAGUGCAAGCAACUUGAGAUCCAUCUCCGAAGGAGGUUCCUGCCCUCUGAUCUGAUGAAGGAGCUGGUGACUUUGUAUGGGCCGGAUCUCCGUGGACUAAAAGAGAUGGUCCCUGGUGCAGAAUUUACCCUCAAUGCCCGGCGUCACAUCAUCUCCAUUCAGGGCGAGAAGGAUGCAAAGCAGAAGGUGGAGGAGAUUAUCUCUGAAAUAGUUGCACGGAGGCAGGAUGACCUCAAGGGAAGGGACAAUGAAGCUUCUAUGACCAGCACUGACUGCCCUAUCUGCCUUUGUACGGUGGAAGAUGGUCACCGCCUUGAGGGCUGCUCUCACCUAUUCUGCAGAUCGUGUCUGGUGGAGCAGUGCGAGUCUGCUAUCAAGGACCUUGAUAUCCUCCCAAUAUGCUGUGCUCACGAGGGCUGCAAUGCGCCCGUUCUCAUCACAGACUUGAAAACUCUACUCCCAACGGAGAGACUGGAGGAGCUCUUCCGCGCUUCUCUUGGGAAAUUCGUCGCGACAAGUGGGGGCCUCUUGCGGUUCUGCCCUUCCCCCGACUGCCCCUCAAUCUAUCGGGUAGGGACCUUGCGCGAGCCCUUCAUCUGCGGAGCAUGCUUUGUAGAGACGUGCACGAGCUGCCAUUUGGAGUACCACCCAUCCGUGCCGUGUGAGAGGUACAAGCAGUUCAAGGAAGACCCGGACCUUUCACUGAAGGACUGGUGCCAGGGGAAGGAAUACGUGAAGGUCUGUCCUGUCUGUGGGUACACGAUCGAGAAGGUCGAUGGUUGCAAUCACAUGGAAUGCCGGUGCGGAAGGCACAUCUGUUGGGUGUGCUUGAAGUUCUUCUCGACCAGCGAUCUCUGCUAUGAGCACUUGAGAUCUGUUCAUGCCGCUAUCAACUGAGUUCGAGAAGCAAGCAGCUCCCCUCAUUUCUAACCACCGAAGUAGGAAUUGUUUUAACGAAUAGUGCUGGAUCUUUUGUUGGCCACGUACAGAAGACCACAGUUGUAUAUAGUUAAUGCUUAUAGAGGCUCAAGAUAUAUAUCUACUUAUGUGUAUGCCGCUAUGAGCACUUGAGAUCUGUCCAUGCCGCCAUCAACUGAUUUCGAGAAGCAAGCAGCUCCCCUGAUUUCUAGCCACCGAAGUAGGAAUUGUUCUAACGAAUAGUGCUGGAUCUUUUAUUGGCCAUGUACAGAAGUCUGCAGUUGUAUAUAGUCGAUGCUUAUCGAGGCUCAAGAUAUAUAUGUAUAUCUGCUUUUGUUUAUGAGUGUGCAGUGUUUACAAGAUGAGGAAUGCUUUGAUAUAAUGAGUAUCGGGAAAAAUCAACUGUUGGAUCGAUUAAGAUCUAA